AUGAAUGUGAAGGCGAUGCUCUCUGGUUGGUGGUGUGUUAGCCUCUAUGCUGUCGCCGGCUGCCUGAAUGGUCGACAGCGAAGUGUUCAAAAAAAUAUCUCAAAUCUCGUUUGCGCUCCUCCAGCAGAACCGUCACAAAUUGUAGUACCGUCACCAUCGUCUGGCGGCCAUGCAGAUAUAAUCCAGAAGCUGGAUGCCAUUGAGACCCGUCUCACUGCCAUUGAAAAGUCCCUAACAGACAAAAUGCCAGAAAAGGCCGAGGUGCAGGCACAAAGUAAAAUAUUGCGCGAAUGCCGCGUCAUAGCGGCAAAGGCGCACCAUUCAAUUAGCCGCAUCGCCGGUGACUUGGAGGACGAGCAUUACGUGGAGCUCGCUUCGAAACUGCGCAUGUCAUCGAAAGAGCACAUGAGCUUCGUGGAAGACAAACUUUCACAAAAGGAAAGCGAGGAUGCUAUGAUGCGGCUAAUAUUGAAGUCAAAGGGCGCAAAAGGCAGUGUGGACGACGUACUGCGUGGUAUGUUUUCUGACGAUGUAAUGUACGACUACAAUUUAGAGGGGCGCAAGGAGAAGGAAUCCCUACUAAAGCUAAAGUGCGUAGGGUUAGUUUUUGAUAUAUUUCCUGACAAGGAUAAAAGCACUAUCUGUGGGGAUCACCGGAAAUCUGUGGCCUUAAGCCACAAUCGUUUUAAGCAAAAAAAGCAUAAGCUUAAGGCAAAAUUAAUAUAAGUUUUCUUAUUAUUACUUACAUAUAUUAGUUUUAAGUUGUAAAUAUUAGUUUCAAGUUGCUCAUAUUAGUUCUAAUUUGUAAGUUGAAGUUUCUAAUUUUACUGUUACAAAUAUGCAUUUUUAGAAUUAUAAUUUUUAUACUGAAAUAAACUUAA